AAUGUGAAAAAACAAAUUGAAUAUUACUUUAGUACGGAGAAUUUACAGCGAGACUUUUUCCUGCGCCGUAAGAUGCAGAAAGGGGGUUGGAUCCCGAUCAGUCUUGUAGCAAGUUUCCACAGAGUUCAGGCACUUACACAAAAUGUUGCUUUAAUUGUCACUGCUUGUGCUGAAAGUGAGAAUUUAGAGCUAUCUGAAGAUAGAACGAGAGUACGAGGGAAAAAUGACCCUGAUAAAUGGCCUUUAGAAGAUGCUGUACCGAUGUCUCCCGCAUCUCCUGGUGCUUCAACUACCCUGCAUGCUGAUGUGCCAGAGUUUAUACCUGGUAAAUUACACGCAGAUGUACCCGAAUUUGUUCCCGGAAAAAUGUAUACAGUUCAACCACAUACAGAUGAUGAUCAACAUCAUGAAGACAAAUCGAUGAGAAACUUGGAAGAUUUCUAUGCUCCUAUUUUAUCAUCCAGUGCCCCUGAACUACAGGGGGAGUGGACAGAGGUGAAAAAACGAGCCAAAGAAAAGAAAGAGAAAAAGAAGAAAAAAGAUGGUAAAGGUGAAGGUGGUGAGGAACAGGAGGAACUAGACUUCAUGUUUGACGAGGAGAUAGAACAGUUAGAGGGUGUUGGACGAAGAAAUAACUUCACUGAAUGGUCUGAUGAUGAAGAAGAUGAUUACGAGAUUCCCGACAGUGAAAUCAACAAGAUAUUAAUUGUAACACAGACUCCACCUGCUGUACGUAAACAUCCUGGUGGUGACCGAACUGGAGAUCACACUCCUAGAUCUAAAAUCACCGCAGAGAUGACGAAGUUGAUUAACGACGGACUGUAUUAUUAUGAGCAGGAUUUGUGGGACGAUAGUGAUUUGAUGGUGGGUAUCCCGUCUACUGGUACAGGAAAAAUUUCGCAGCAAGAUUUCGAGACCUACAAGACUGUGAAUGUGAUAUCAAAAGAAAUAUUUGAGCAGAUAGUGCCCCAGGACAAGGUUGAGAACCAGGAAGUGCCUCCUCCCCCACCAGCCGCUGUUACACCGUCAGAAACUGUGAAAGUUCCAAGUCCAAGAACCACAGAAGAUGUUGUAGCUAAAUCACUGCCGACGUAUGUACCAAACACACCUGGUAGAAGGGAUCACUGUCCCCGAACACCACGUACACCUAGACAGCGCAAUGACUCUGAAAAAGUCCGAUUUUAUCCUGUCACGAAAGAUUCAACCAAACCUCCUGAUCCGCAGACACCAAGAAAGCGCAAGACAAAACAUAGUAACAAUCCUCCAGUAGAGGGUCAUGUAGGUUGGGUGAUGGACUAUAAAGAACAUCGUCCUUCAAGGUCCAGAAAUAACUCAACUUCAUACAGCGAGUGUGAUAUGGCAUCCAGUUACGGAUCAUACGGCAGUUACAGCAGCACUCCACAUGCAUUCCCGAACUUCCAACACCCUUCACAUGAGCUGCUCAGUGAGAACGGCUUUGUAUGGCAUGUCUAUCAUAAAUAUCAUGCUAAAUGCAUGAAAGAACGUAAGAAGGUUGGAGUUGGUUUAUCACAAGAGAUGAACACUUUAUUCCGGUUUUGGUCAUUCUUCCUACGACAGCAUUUCAAUAAGAAAAUGUACACAGAGUUUAAAACUUUAGCAGUAGAAGACUCUGCAGAGGGGCACAGAUACGGUGUUGAAUGUCUAUUUCGGUAUUUUAGCUAUGGAUUAGAAAAAAGAUUUCGACAAGAUUUAUUUAAAGAUUUCCAGGAAGAAGUUAUACGAGACUAUGAGAUUGGCCAACUGUAUGGUUUAGAAAAAUUCUGGGCAUUUUUGAAGUACUCCAGGAAACAUGUUGAUGUGGAUCCCAAACUUAAACAAUGGCUUAGUAAAUAUAAAAGACUAGAGGACUUCAGAGUAGAUUCUGUUGAAGAGGAUACACAUAUAGUGCAUCACUCCAGCCUUUCUUCUACUGGCCAUAAAGUACGUCAUAGCUCAGGACAGAGUUCUGGCCAGUCAAAACCCUCCCAUUCUAAGUCUAACCAAUCACAUGCCAGAAGUGGAAGCCAAUCACAGCAGUCCUCUCAUGGUAAAAACAGUUCUAGCCAAUCACAGCAAGGUUCACACAGUAAAAGUUCAGAUAACACUAAAACUAGCCAAUCAACUGCUGGAAAUAAAAGUGGUGAUAAUAAAACUGGCCAAUCACAGCAAUCAGCUAGGAGAAGGACAAAUUCAAACCAGUCACACCAUAAAGGAACCUCGAGUGCAUCACAUCAGUCUAAAGGAGCUAGCCAAUCGGAAAAGCCAACACAGGAUACUGCACAGAGUAGUAGCCAAUCAAAUAAGGCCGUAGAAAAGAAACCUGAUGGACAAACUAAAAAAGCUGAACCUUCAAAAAAAAGUACUGCAGAAAAAGACAAGAAAUGAUUUAGCUUGUUGUAAGAUAAACGGACAAAAUAUCCUGCAAAAAUGAAAAAGAAAGACAUCUUAUAUGUUUAUAUAUGUGAUGAGUGUUUGAUUUCUUUGUAUUUAAUGGGAAAAUAAAAAAAGGGUUUAAAUCAAGAAAACAAUUCUGUGAUAGAAGGAAUAUGUAUUAGUACAGACAUUUUGAAUUGAAAAGGAAAAUGAAGAAAAUGGAAUGCUAGCAUUAACCUCAGUUUAUUCUUGUUUACUAACUAGACUCUUUUUUUCAUACCUUUAUGUAAUGUCUUAGUUACAAUGUGAAAGUUUGAUGAAGUUGUGUUUUGGCAGUCUUUUAAAUUCAUAUCAAAAUUAGUUAAAUCAAAUAAUAAGUAACAUUUUUUUAGAAGAGUUUGACAAUUCUUGUACAUAACCAAUAAAACUUAUGUUUGAAUUCUUAUCUUAAUAUUGAAAUUAAGGCUUGUAUUAUUUUACUGGAAACAAUUUGUUGAAGUGUCUUUGACCAUAAUAAAAAGAAAUAUUAAAACAUGAUGUAAGUUUGACUUGCCUCAAACAGGACAAUAAAGGAAAGUUUUUAGCUUGGUAAGCAGUGACGUUUGGGCAGGCUUGAGUAAAGAUAAAAAUGCAUAUUUAUGAAGGUGUAGCAAUGAGAAUUUUGUGUAUUUGACAAAUUUCAUUAUUUUUGUUUCAUUUAACAAGGCAUGUGCUAGUGUUUAAACUUUCAAGCUUGUUUAUUAUAAUUAUAUACCCGUCUCACUUAGCUAAUUCCUAUUUAUUAGGAGAAAUUAAUGUUUCAGAUCUCUCAUGACAGUUACUAUGUUUGUAUGUUCUAGAGACUUUUCAUUAAGAUAUUUAACGGUUUGUAGAGUACAACUUGUACAGUUUGUUGAGAAACAUUUCUGUUCUAAGUUGUACAAGAUAUUUGCAACAAGAUUGCAAAUUCAAAGACAUUUAACUUGUAUAAUGUAGCUCCCAGUGCUCAGUUAAUGUAUAAUUGAUAAUGACUGUUAGACAGGUGUAAAAAGAAAUAAUCAGAUAUUGUCAUUGAUAAAGUAAAAAAAUCUUUUCAACAUCUGUCUCCUUCCUGGCAGUUUGUAUCAUAUAAUAACAUGGGUAAAAUACAAUCUUAGUUAUCCUUUUCAACCACUCUUUAUACAUGAUUUUUAUAGGGGUAGGAAUAAAAAAAGAAACUUAGUUUUGAUGAUCUUGUGACAGAAUUAAAGUACACUAACAACAACUGUAAUAGAGGUGGUGUGAGGGGUUCCAUAGCUUAGCUUGUCAUUAACUUUGACUUCCCCUCACUGCUGUGAGUUUGAAUCCAAGGAUUGACUUCCCCUCUCUGCUGUGGGUUUGAAUCUAAGGGUUGACUUCCCCUCACUGCUGUGGGUUUGAAUCUAAGGUUCUGCUGUGGGUUUGAAUUCAAGGAAGCUUUGUAGGUGGCUUACGGAUAGUUGGUGCAUCUUCUCUGGUGCCCAUUAUUACCUUAAAAAGAUAUAGGGAGGGGCAUCUGAGGUUUUCCCACAACUGUAAUGCUCGAACGUUGCCUUAAGACUUUUCAGUGCAACUUAACACCUAAAACUGACCAGAAAGACAGUUGCAGUUUUCUAUUUCUUAACGUACUGGAACUGACUGAGUUGCCUUUCCCUUCAAGUUUUAUAUUGGUGCCGUGUGACCAGGCUGUUUGCUGUUGGUAGCCAAGCUUUUGUAUUUACGGUAUGGAAAUACCCCUUAAUCUUCAAAUGAACUGUUCCAAAUUCAAAGGAGGGCAAAUCCACAACACACUUUUGAUGGGUUAAAGGUAUCUAUCUACACCUGUAUAUUGAUGUCAUUGUGAGGCUGUACACUUCUGUUAUGUUAGUUAAUGAGCCAUUGAUUAUUCUUGUUAAUGUAUGAUGUUAAAACGUAAGUGUUGCAGUUUUGUUGCAGUUAUCUUAAGGGGAAACCUUGUGGCGAGGACAAACUGUAAUAUUAAUGUCAUAUAUUUGCUAUUAUAUACAUAAAAAAAACAAUAAAAAUUACAAAACCCCACAAAAAAAGUUAAAAAAUACCCAAAAAAAAGAGAGAAGUAUCACCAUGAGAUAUGGUUUGAUGGUGUUUUUUUCUUGUAUAUUAAACAUUACUUAUAUUUAAAUUUUUUUAUUUUUCUUUAUAGAAAUGUCGCUAAAUGCAUUUUUAUUUUCCACUUUUUAUUGUUUAAUCAGUAAGAUUAUUUUAUAUCAACAUGAAGAAUACCAGAGUCCGUCAUUAAUUAAUUGGACUGUUAGGUGAGGUCUUCAUAUUCCUUUAGAAACAUUAUUUCCAUUUCAUCACUGUUAUUAUUUAGCUUUUAUUUUUUCGAUGACAGAAGAGCAUAUUUAUGAGCUUGCAGUAACAUGAAUGAAAAAAUGACUCUGAUUUGCCUAUAUGAUUAUUUGUACAUGAUGGUUUCACUAAAUACAUGAAAUAAAUAGGGUGCUAAAUUUGUAACUGAAGCAAUUUAGGGACUGAAAACUGCUAUGAAGAAAUACUAUAUAUCCAAUUGAAAAUGUAACUUAGUGUUUUUGAUAUUGUUCCUAUUGUUCUUUCUACAUUUUUACUUUGAUGCCUCUUUUACCUCACAUUUAUUUUAUCAUUCAGGUUUUAAAUCUAAUGGUAGGGAUCAUCUAAUAUUUCACGCCCUUUAACCUUUAGAAAUGCCGAGAAAGUUAUUAAAUUAUGUCCCAUGAUAACAGUUAAAUACAUUUUCUUUUCUGUGUUUUUUUUUAUAUCUUUAUUUUCCUUGUUGUUAGUGACUGUAAUGUAAAAGCUAACUAAUACAUUUGGUUAGCGAGUGAAUCGUGUGCUUUUCUGAUUAAAGAUAUAUGCAUAAAGUAACCAUUGUUAUAUAGUCUAUGAUACGUUUGUAUUUAAUUUGUACAUAUGCAAUGAAAUUGAAUGAAAGCUAAUCUGCUUGACUGGUAUUCCAAGUUGUUGGGUUUUUUGUCUCUCAAUAAGUUUUAUUAUUGACAUUUUAUAAUAUGUUUAUACAGCUCAAUUUUGAAAAGAGAUUCCAUGUGAUACAGUGAAUAUUCUCAACGUACAACUCUAGUUGAGUACAUUUUGAAUACUAAAUAAGUCUCACAUGUUAAUCAUCUUAUAUUUCCGUUAACUUACUGGAAAAUAAAAGGUUUUUCUAAAGGGCAGAAGUGGAUUCAAGUCUUGAGGAAAGAGAGAAGAAAAUUCAUUAUGUCUAUAGCAAAGCACAAGUUAAUUUAUAAGAAAAUUGGCAUUUAACUAUGAAAAGUUUUAAAGAAUAAAUUUAGUGUAUUUUACAUUAUGUAUUAUGUAUUAAUUUCAAACUUACAGCCAUAUUUUACACGAGAACAUAUUGUGCAUCUCACAAGAUCUCAGCAGUUGCUGUAUAGCUCUGUAUUAUAUAUAGAUGGAUGGAUUUGUAACCAGAUUUAUAAUAGUUAAUUCACAGAGAGUGAAGAAGAUAACCGACAAAAAUACUGUUAUAUGUUCAAUAAUUGUUGAGUUUAAUUGAUUGUUAAAGAUUCUGUUACACUAUUUUGUACAUAGUCCAGUACUGGUUAAAAACCACUUGUUAACAAUUAGUAUCAGAUAUAUUGCCAUAGUAACACAAUAUAGUCAAUAUUUCAUAUCCUUACCUUGGGUCUUUCUUUACGAUUUAGGUUGAAAAGUUGGUAUAUGACCUAAGUUGAUCUUGUGACAUAAAACUAACAAAUUAAGUUAAUGCUGAUUUUUGUUUUCACACUAAUCUGUAGAGUAAAUUUGAUGGAAACCGAGAAAUGCCUUCCCAGUUGCUUCCUUGAAAAGUGUUUGCUUUAUGAUUGCCUGUCAAGUUAUUUUUAACUCGCAAAUAUUCAUUAUUUCAAUCAAGUAACAUUUUGGCUACAAUGUAUUUAUAAUAUCUAUAUGACUUAACUUGCAAUAAAUUUGUUAUAAAGAAAGAAAGAAAAGAAAACAUUCUUCUUAAAAAAAGACAUACAAAAAGAUAAUUUUAUUGAUUAUAUAUGUAUAUAAAAAAGCAGCUAAACUGACUAAGGUAUCCCCGAUUUAUUGUUUCUUUUAUAGUAUUAACCUUUUUAUCUUGUUUUGUUUAAACUCGGUGUUGUCAUUAUUCAGUCAUGUGGUACGAGGGAUGUAACCUUGUAUAUAGUUCCAUUACAAUUCCAUUUUUCACAACAUUUUGUUGUUUUCUUUCGCAAGAAUGUGCUUUUUUCAAUUACAGAUCAUAUCGUAUUGUAUAUUUGCAUAAUUUUCGGUAUUGUAUUGAAAUAUUGGCAACAAUGGUAUAACUUGUACCAUUUAGUUCAGAUUUGUCUGUGCAAUUAUUGUUAAAAAUAUGUAAGUGCUUCACUGGCUUUGCUUAAAGCAUUGAUAUAAAUGAAGCACUUUCAUUCAGUGAAAAAAAAGGGAGAGAGAGAGAGAAAUUGCACUAAUAUUUAUAACAAGAGUUGAUUAUCAGUAACUUGAGCACAUGAAAAGUAUAAAUGUUGUUACAAUGUUUUAUAAAGGUGCUUUCCUUGUGAGACGAUUGAGUUGAGAGUAUAAUAUUUGUGCUAUAUAUAUUGUUUUCUUAUUUCCGAUGUGUUCUCAGUUUGCUUUGCAAUUUUGAUAUAUAUUAUAAUGUGUCAGUUUUACCAUGUUGGGCUUUUAUUUUUUCUAAUAAUCUGUAUAUGAUAAUUGUUUUAGUGUAAUUAUUUUAUUGUACCUACUAAAACCACUUUAUUAGAGUUACAAAUUUAAAUGAGCCGUAUCACGACAAAACCAACAUAGUGCAUUUGCGACCAGCAUGGAUCCAGACCAGCCUGCGCAUCCGCGCAGUCUGAUCAGGAUCCAUGCUGUUCGCUAUCAGUAUCUCUACUUGUAAUAGGGUUGGUAAGCAAACAGCAUGGAUCCUGAUCAGACUGCGCGGAUGCACUGGCUGGUCAGGAUCCAUGCUGGUCGAAAACGCACUAUGUUGGUUUUGUCAUGACGCCGCUCAAAUGUCUCCAGUAAACAAGAAUUUGUGUUAUUCAAGUUUCAUGCUUUAUGUCAGGAUCUGAAUUUUUCUCUUAAAUCUGAAAAUUUAUAUUUACCAGGUAGAUAACCGAAGGUGUGUCAGGUGAUAGACUUGUAUUGCCAAUAAACCAUUAUUUACUAAAGUACUUCAACUUAUUUUACAUUAACACACCUGGCAAUGACAAAUUUCGAGUUAAAUUUUGAAAAUUUGAUGUAAAAUUCAUGAUGUUAUUUGUAGAAAUACAGGAUGAUUGUUUAUUUUUUUCCUCUAAACCGUAAUAUUUGUAUGUAAAUGAGAAAAAUAGAUUUAUUUCUAAAUGAUUUCCAUGUGGUAAUGGAGGCAUUUCCUCAUGAUUAAUAGUAAAAGGUGUAAAAUAAAAGUUAAUUAAUACAGUAUAAACAUGUAUAUUUGUUUCCCCCUAAUUGAUUUUUGCUUCAUGUGUAGGAUUAGGUCAUUAAAUUCUCAAAAAAAUCAAAA